AUGGUAUUGACGCAGAAGAAAAAGGAGGGGUGGGGGGAGGGAAAAAGAGGACAGGACCCGGACAUUACUAUGGCCACAGCUGACAGUGGCGUGAAACCUCUUCAAAAUGCCAUGAAAAUGGCCAAAGUAGCGAUCCAGCUGGACGGAGGGAGCAGACAUGAGGAAGCUUACUGUGAAUACCUCCGGACCAUCAACUAUAUAUCCCAUGCACUUUUGGAGGAAGCCGGGACACAAACCUCUGAGGAGAGGGAGAUGGUAGCGGUGGAGCGGAUGUUGAGACUGGCUGAGCAGUGCCUGGAGCGAGCCAAGUCAUUUAUAGAGAGGAACCGCCCUGAUCCCCCUGACUUCUCUUCCUCUGCCUCUGCGUCCUCUUCCUGUUCACCUGGCCAAUCAGAACCCCAUCAGUCUGCUGUCCUCCCAAUCACCACUGCUGCAAACACUGGGGUUUCUCUCUGCUUGACCUCUGCUGUCACUGUCCCUCCAUCUGGUGUUCCUGUUGACACAGGGUGUGAAGCAACCAGCCCAGCAAAGACUGGUCACCGCAGGGUGAUGUCAGAUGGUGGCGGGGAGCUCUCCCCUUUUCUGCCCCCUGAAGUCUUCCAGAGACUUCAAACAGUAGAGUCACAGGGCACAAGCAAAAAGGAGCUGACACCCAUUGAACAAGCUUCACGUUUGAACCAGAAGUUAAAAGCCGAUUAUGAAGCUCGUCUAGCAAGGCUGACACCUGGUCAGGCCUACCAAAAGACAUCUUUGACACUCUCUCUCCAGCGGCAGAUGAUGGAGAACCUCAUCAUAGCCAAGGCCCGUCAGGAUGCUCUCCAGCGGAAGAUGGAGGAGAGAAGACUUAGGCUACAGGAAGAGGCUAACAGGAGAUUUGCAGCAUCUGGUGCAAUGACUGCAGAGGAGCAAGAGCAGCGAACUCUCUAUACCAGCGUACUAGAGUAUGAACAAGACCAUGAUUGGCCCAAACUGUGGAAAGCCAACAUGAAGGAGAAUCCAAAUGAUGUUACAUUAGUGUCACGUCUAGUCUCCUACCUGCUCAGCCAGUCUGACCACCCUGUGGUGAAGCUGCUGAGGAAACACCAGUACCGGGUUUACAACAGACUCUAUCCUAUGAUUAGCAAAAGCCUCCCCAGAGUCCUAACCUGCUGCUGA